UCGCUUGUCAGUCUCUAACAGUUAAUUGAGAAUUGAGAUAUAUAACGAUCAUGGCAGCUGACACCAGCGCCAUUGCUCCGACAUAUUACCUAUAUAAUUGUUUAAAGUAAUUUAGUGAAUUCUCAAUUCACUAAAGGUGGUAAAGUGAAGAACUUCGUAUCACAAAGAAAAGCGUUAAAGCUUAGAAAUUUUAAGAACGAGAAGUAGUAAACAGAUGCUUAAAUUUAAUAUGGCAUUUAAAAAAGAAACUUUGGCAUAGUGAAGAAACACUCAGUCUCAAUGGGAAACGCUCAUUUGAAUGUUCUGGUGUUCAUUUGGAAAAAGUGUUAGACAUCCUGGUUCUUAACACUUUGAAGCAAAACAUUACUUAUAAGAACACCUUUUCGGUUGUACUGAAAACUGAAGACCUUACACUGUCGAACCUGUCACUUGUGCCUGGGUGCACCUUAAGAUAUGUAUGAAGGAAGUUCGGAAGAAUUAAUGAAUGAGAAAAAUAAAGAAAAACAAGAGGAAUAUGAAAGUGUAGGAGGGGGUCUAAGCGAUGCCCAACGAGCGCGCGCAGAACGGAAUCGGCAGCGAGCGCGCGUCUUGCGCGAAGCACGUCUGGCGCCGCCGCCGUCGAAGUCGCGAGCCGUCGUCAGCGUCCAACCGAGCGUGGACUCCGGCGGAGGUUUUCUGCUCGAGGAAAAGGAGACGGAGCCGAAAGCUGUUCGGCCGCCUGCCGCGCCCCUCGUGCAUCGGUCGCAGCAGCCGCACUGCCUCGAAUGCCAACGGCCGUUCCCACAGUCCUACCUCUUCGAUACCUUUCACUACUGCGUCUGCGACGACUGUAGAGACGACGAGGAGAAACACGCCUUGAUAACGCGGACAGAGGCGAAGGGCGAGUAUUCACUCAAGGACUGCGAUCUCGACUCCCGGCCGCCGCCGCUGCUGUGCGUGCGUCGCCGCAACCCACACCGCGCUCGCUUCGCCGAGAUGCGCCUCUACCUGCGCGUGCAGGUGGAGCAGCGCGCGCUCGAGGUGUGGGGAUCCCGCGAGGCGCUGCGAGAGGAGCAGGAUUUACGCGCUCGGCGGCGUGAACAAGCCGCCGCGACGCACGAGCGGCGACGCCUUCGAGCCCUACGCAUGGACGUGCGCUCCAGUCUGUUCGACCGCACGCGCGACGCGCACGAGCACGAGUAUGGCCCCGAGCGCCACAACCCUGACGACGACGUCUACGAGCGCGCCUGCGAGUGCGGCCAUCUGCUCGUCUACGAGAAGAUGUAGUCAAACCACCAAAUACUGUAUAUCAAUGUUUGUAAUAAAAAAAUAAAUUAAA